AUGAAUACCUCUUAUACGAACGACGGAGAUGCCUCGGCUGAUGCCUCGCUGGCUUCCUGGAACUCGACCGGAGCAACCUAUGGUAGCGUGAGUGAUGAUCCACAAGGCGAUGCGCUCUACCAGGACUCCCAAGCCGCCACUUGGGCGGCGGACAGAGAUGCCACGGGCUCCGCAUACUACUAUCAGCCCGGCGACAUACAUACUGAUGAGCAGCUUGAUCAUCAGUAUGGCCUGGCAGUGCCAGGCCCAGGCGAGAACCAAGCAUACUGUCCAGCUGUCGAUACGGGAGCUGGGUAUCUCUCCCCAAACUAUUACAGCGGCCAGCCCUACGCAACUGCUCCCUCGCCUAGUGUUGCUCAUCUUUACGGUCAGCGGAUUGCCGACUGGCAAAACGAUCAACAACCUCAGGAACGCCUCAAGACGGGCCACGGAACGACUAGCGCCCGCGAGGCACGGCGGCAGCACAAGAGCGAGGCCAAGAAGAUGCUCAAGAAGGCCGAUGCCAUGCUCAAAGGGGGCGAGUCCUCCGGCCACGGGAAGAAGAAGCAUUGA